AGCCACCGUGUGACUGAAGGACGCUGUUGGUGAAGAGGAAGAUGAAUGUUCUCCUCAGUUAAUCUCCUUGGCUGGAUUUUAAUGUCAUUUCGUUUCUGAAACAAACCCAAGUUUAACAGCUGAGUCGAAAUUCUGCUGGACUGCUAAACAGAGGUUGGUGGUAUGAGUAUGUGUCGCAGAAAAGCGCUGACCCUGCUGAGCAGUGUGUUCGCAGUGUGUGGCCUGGGCCUGCUGGGUAUAGCUGUUAGCACUGAUUACUGGCUCUACCUGGAGGAGGGGGUCAUCUUGCCUUUCAACCAGAGCACCAGCAUCCACACGUAUCUACAUUCUGGCCUGUGGAAACUCUGCUUUCUGUCAGGAGAGGAGAUGGGCCGCUGCUUCACCAUAGAGUAUCUUAUGCCUAUAAGCGUGCAACUCACCAGUGAAUCUACAGUCAGUGUCCUGAAGAUGAUUCGCACAGCCACCCCCUUCCCCCUGGUCAGCCUCUUCUUCAUGUUCAUUGGCUUUGUGCUCAGUAACAUCGGACACAUUCGCCCUCACCACACAGUACUGGCCUUCGCUUCUGGAAUCUUCUUCAUCCUCUCAGGCCUUUCUCUGGUGGUGGGUCUUGUUCUUUACAUCUCCAGCGUCAAUGAUGAGAUGUUGAACAGAAGUAAAAGUAAUGAGGCCUAUUUCAGCUAUAGAUACGGCUGGUCCUUUGCCUUUGCCGCUAUCUCCUUCCUACUGACAAAGAGUGCCGGCGUCAUGUCGGUCUACCUGUUCACUAAGCGCUACACGGCUGAGGAGUUGUACAGGCCUCAUACAAGCUUCUAUCGGCAGCGUUUCAGCAACUGCUCCGAGCACUCGACUCAGUUUCUGCAGCGCCACCACAGUCCCUCAGACAUCUCCAGUGAGGCCUCACUCCAAAUGUACAGCAGCUACCCAGCCCUGCUCAAGAGCCCUGAGUAUGGACAAGUCUCCUCUUCACUCUGCUAAACGCAGACAGAUGGACGGAUGUGAAGGUGGACAGAUAGACAGGGAGAUAAAUGGCUGGGUGGGUGUAUGUAAAU